CAAAUUCGUCUGCAUGUUUACAAAAAGGAUUGAACGAUUUGGGAGUGUACCUCUCUACAGUGUAUGUACUGAUGAUAGAUGGUGUUCAUUGAAACGGAAAUGAACCUCCGAGAUUAUAUCAGAGCUUUAGGCAAAGAACGAAAUUGAAAGCAGAAGAAAAUACAUGGCUAAGACGAAGUGAUAACGUGGACAAAUACGCGUAUACAACAACAACAACAUUUGACAGCGUGUCACGGUAUAGCUGACGCGUUUUGAAUGUGCAUUCGUAAUACACGAUAGCAUAAGGAAAAAAUACUACUGUUUGUGAUUAUACUGUUUAAAGGCAUUUCAGAAUCGCUCCUUACGGUUCAUAUUUGAUGUUGUAAGUUAAACAACCAGUAUCAACAAAAUGUCGCUGCUCUCUUUUGACACAGCCACAGACUAUUUUCUUCUCACUUUUGUGACUGUCGUCUUAAUGUGCAUGAUUGGAGUCAUAGUUUCGAAAUUGCUAACAUCAUCAGCUAAGCCAUUCAGCCAACUAAAAUCAUUUGAAUCUUGCAAGUCACCGGAUUGUUUCAGAUGCGCAAAGGUGAAAGAUGUUUUAAAUGUGUCCUUUCAACGUUUUCUGCAGUAUUCAAGAAAGACAGUAACUGUAAAUCCUGCUGAUGAAAACAUGGGAUUGGACAGAAUCAAACAUUCUUUCCAUGAAAGCCUGUUGACAGAAAACAGCACUGACAUGACUGAAAUGGAAACAAUUGCACAUAACCAGUCUUACAUGUUGCAGCAACAUUCUCAGAAGCCUGUCAUUUUCUCUCUUCUGGACUUGAAAUCAGAGCCAUUUUGGGAUGGUGUGCUGAAAGAUGACAUUCUUAAACUGGAGAAGAAUUAUGAAAUUAUAAUGGAUGAGUUUAAUGCGAUAUUUUAUCAUGGCAAAGCUUCUGAUGGGUGGGCUAUGAACUCUACUCCCACAGGGACAUGGAGUAUUUUCUGUUUCAUUAAUCAAGGCAGUGUCAUUCCUCAGAAUGCUGAGUUGUGCCCUAAAACAUGGCAGAUAGUUCAGUCACUUCAAAACUUGAUGACAGACUGUGUGUUUGGAAAUGUAGCUUUCUCAGUGAUCUACCGUGGCACUAAGAUAACAGAGCACUAUGGUCCGACCAAUAUACGACUGAGGUGCCACCUUGCUUUACAGGCACCUUCUUCUGGCAGCCUAACUGUGAAUGGUAUUUCUAAGAAAUGGAAAGAGGGAAAGUGUCUGUUAUUUGAUGAUUCCUUCCUCCAUUCAGUGGAGUACCACAAGGCUUCUUCGAGAACUGAAAGUACUCCUGAUGGCCAUUCUGUGCUGUCUAGUCAAGCAUCUCCAGAUCUGACUGCUGAGACAGGGAACCAAGAUGAGUGUACAGGUGAAGAGAAUGCUUGCAUCAGAUCUAUUCUCAUGCUGGAUUUCUGGCAUCCUGGUCUUACAGACAAAGAGCGAAAAGCCCUGGGCUAUUCAUUUUCCACAUUAGGCACAUGUGUUGAGUCCUGAGAUUUGUUCAUUCAGUUGUAUUUGAUCGUGACAGUUAAGUGUUACAGACACUUUAUCUUCUCUUUAAGAUAACUAAAACUGAAGUGCCACUGACUCAAAUUUCAUACUAUGGUUGUAAGUUCAUAGAUUGUGGAUCUUUGAUUUUGAUGUGGGUCUUUGAAGUUGAAAACGAAUAUUGAGUGACCAUGCGGCAUACAUAUAUAAGAAAUAUCAUUUAAUGAUAGGCCUUUAAUAGUUAUCUUAUUGCCAUUGAAUUAUAGGCAUUGAUAUAUAUUGUUGAAAUACCACUGCAAUUUAUAAAGGCAACUUGGAAUAGUCAUUUUUCAGAUAUGAAGAUGAAUACUGCAAUGGUGCUUACUUUAUAUACUGUACUGGUUUGUAAUUACCAUAGUGGUGCUAACUUUACACUCUCAUUACCUCCCUUGGCACCCAAGCGUGCACAUCAGCUACCACAGCAUUAACUACAUGUACAUUCAUAAUUGCAGUUAGUAUCUGUGUUCUGUUAUCAACUGUGUUACAUUUCUCAUUCCUUGGAUUUCCUGUUGGUUUCACUGUGUCUCACUGCUUUGUUUGAAAUUCAUUUGACAUAAAAUGUAUUUUAUUUAUUGAAAUUUA